CACAGCAGCCAGCUGCGCUCACGGGCUCCACCGCCACACAACCGCCCCGGGACCCCCUCGGCACCCGGCGGGAGCGGAGGCUCCGCCCUGACAAGGGGGGCGGUGCGAGGCCGCCCUGGCAACGGCUGGCGGCGGCAAGAUGGCGGAUGAGCUGGACCGCCUGCUGGAUGAGGUAGAACGGAGGUUCUGCCUCGUGCCGGAGCGGGGGGAAGCGGGCGGGGAUCAGAACCAGCACACGGAGCGGGCGGCGGCGGGCAGAUCAGCUGAAGUGUUAAUGGGCGCUGGCAGCGAUGAAGAUGAUAUUGAUGACAUUAUUGAUGAAAUCUGUAACGACAGCAGCUUUGCCAGAACACCUGUGAAAUUGAAGUCUGACUCCCCAAGUGUCACACCUGGAAGCAAUAGCGCUGUUGUACAGGCUCAUAGGAAAAGGUGCUGUCCAGUGUACCUGGGUGGAAGCUCUUCACCAAACGGCAUAGGAACGAAUAUUUCAAAAAGCACUUGGAGACUUCUGGUGCUUUUUCUGUCUUUGACCAGAACGUGUGACCAGCUGCGUUGUACUGCUUGUGACUUCCGUGUAUCGCUUUUCAAUGACUACAUCUGGGAUCAGUCCUGUGACUAUCUCUUUUUCAGGAAUAACAUGCCUGAGCUCAGCAAACUAAGAGCAAAGAUGAUAAAGAAGAAAGGAUCGCGAGCAUAUGCUUGUCAGUGCAGCUGGAGAUCCAUCGAUGAAUUAACUGACCUCCAAGCAGACCAGCAGCUUCGAUGGGUUUGUGGUAAACAUGCAGAAUGAAAUCCUCCUGUGUGUGGUACCUGCAGCUUUCUGACAGCUGAGUGAAACCUUCAUAUUUCUAUUUAGAAAUAGAUCAUAACACUCAGAGUUUUAUCCCAAAACUCUUUUUUUUUCCGCUUUGUCUUGCAAGCAGUAUGGGGAGUAGAAUUAUUAGGAGGAACAAUUUGGAGGUUUUGUGGAGACUGAAUAAAGUUAAAUCUUGUAUUCUGCAGCGUAAGGGAAAGGAAGAGGAAAAGGACAGAUUUAGACACAGAUAGAGCACCUUAAGCGUGUUCUUCCUAUCUAGUACGGUGCUUUUUGUCCCCUGGCUGCAGAAUGUUGGACUUGGAGAAAACAGUGGGCUGAGAUGCAGCCGUGACACACAGGCGUAUAAAUUCCUACACAGAAAUGAAUACUCUUUUGCUCUGCUCAUAGCUGCUAAUGAGCAAGUGGUUGUAGAUCUCUUAAAACUAUACUACAAGAUCAGCUCUCACCUCUAAGGUUUCAGCACACUCCCAACACUUUAUUUUCGCUGACAAUAGCCAAAAUCUGCAGGUGUUGGAAAUUUCCUUCCAAUUCACACUGCUUUCUUUAAGGCACUUUCUGCUGACUCAGGACUUUUACCACAGGGAAUUUCUUGGACUUCCCUUCAGCCUUCACUGCAAGAGAUGAACAGGUUAUUGUGCAACUAUUAAAUAUACAAUUUAAAAGAUA